AUGUGUAGUCAGUCACAGAUUGGUCAAGAUAAAUUUGCAGUUUGCAGGAUGCCUGUUCCGCCGCCAGUUGGGCAAGCCGUUGCUGCUGCACACGAUGAUGCUAAAGGCUUCUUUCUGUACACAAAGCACGCAAGAAGGCAUGUCAUAGAUUUACCCCACAAUUUUGAAAUUCUAAAAGGUCAAGUGGAUGGUCUCUGUUCAGAUUGGAAGGUCCUCAAUGACGAUAUAAAUCGUCAAUCAGUGACCAGACAGAAAAACGAUAAUCAUGGAGCUUGUCGUAAUGAAUUAGAGCGGAUAUUGAAACAUUACCAAGACAACAUCGUCAACCGAUUCAUAGAGCUAGUUGGACUUGAACCAGGUGCAAACGGAGAAGCUGGAAACCAAAUCCCGGUCCAUGAAUUGUCAGCCGCUUGCAAAGGUUGGAACAACAAAUUUUAUACCAAAACAUUCUACAAACUUGCAAGGCUGGAUAAAAAAGUUUGCAGGUUCAAGACUGAAGUCACUGAACUCGAAAAUAAGAUUACCCUAGAGCAUGUAACCAGUCCGAUAAAUCCAGAAAUUGUUGUAAGACAGAGUGCUCAAGAACUAACUCAUGUGCCUUCACAUCAAGCGGUCCUUGAUAGCCUGGUGGUUUGUUUAAAUGGCGCAGGCCGCAAGAGGAUUAUCAUCCACGGAGAACCACAUGUUGGAAAAACAAAUAUUUUGAGAAACUUGAAUAACCGGUUGGUUCAAUGCCCUCCCGGCCUGGAAUUGGACUACGUCAUUUGGGUGACCUUUCCGAGUCUGCCCGAGCCAGAGGGCAUCAUUACCGACAUACAAGACAAAAUUCUUCGGCGUCUGGGCUUAACUGGGCAGAAUAGUGGAAGUGGGAAAAAUGAAGUAAUAUCUAGAGCACUACGUGAGAAAUCAUAUUUGGUGCUUUUUGACGGGUUCUCUCCAUCAAUUGAGCUUGAGGACAUUGGAAUCUCUGAAGAACACGAGCACGGGAAAAUCAUCAUUGAAGCUAAAGAUCCAUAUCUCCUGAGGAAAUUUCCAUUGGCCGAAAAAAUCGAAUUAGAGAGGUUACCAAUCCCAGAUUCGAGGAUAUUGUUUGAUAAGAUCAUUGCUGAUGAAGCACUUUGUGAAAAAAACAGCGAUCUAGGUGACAUGAUCGUUGAGGAGCUUGGUGGGCUUCCAGGGGUGAUCGUAUCCAUAGCACGAUGGCUGAAAUGCGAACAAGAAGAUUGCUGGGAAGGUUUGAAUCAAAGAUUGAAAGCAGAUUUUAAUGUCAAUGAACUUCGGGAAUUAGAAGGAGUAAAACUGGCUUUUCAUGUAAAAUAUGAUAACUUGAAAGAGAAUGAUCGAAAGUGCAUACUUUAUGCAGCAUUGUUUCCGAAAGUGUUCCCAAUUCACAUAGAUGUUUUGGUCGAAUGUUGGAAAGCUGAAGGAUUUCUACGGUGUACUGGUUCUUCAUUUGCUCGUGCAAGAAGUGAAGGAGCCAUUGUACUUGGCGAGCUGAAAAAUCAUCAUCUGUUGCAUAAAUGCUCUGAACGGCACGUCAAGAUGCCAAUAAACUGCAGGAGAGUUGCGCUUGAAACACCUUUCCCAGGGGAGGAACAUGAAACAUCAUUUGUCAAGUCAGCAGUCCCGGGACACCUAGAAGAGGCCGAAUGGAAGAAGGCUAGAAGGGUCUCUUUGAUGCAAAGUAAAUUAGUAAAAUUACCUGUCAAUCCAGAAUCUGAGUGCAUGUCAACUCUAUUUCUGCAACUCAAUUCUGAAUUGGAAAUCAUUCAGGAAUCAUUCUUCACAAAUAUGAAGACACUCCGAGUUUUGAACCUGAACGCGGGAUUGAAAUCGCUGCCCGCCUGUGUCUCCUCCCUGACAGCGCUCCAGAGUUUAUACCUCAACAAUUGUAGUCAAUUAAAACAGCUCCCAUCUGGAAUACAGAAACUCAUGAAGCUCGAAGUUCUUGAUAUUCGAGGCACCUUAAUCCGCUCUUUACCAGGAGAAAUCAGCAGUUUGGUCAGGCUGACGUGCUUGAGAUUUUCAUUGGGCCCUGGAGCGUGCAAUCCCAAUCCGGACCCAGGUUCUCUUGAAACGCAGACGUCGAAUAUGUUUUCCAACAUAUCAGCUAUACAGCGUAACAAGCUCGAGGAGUUGGCUAUUGUCUCAGAAAUCAACAAGGGAAGCAUUGACGACAUUGUUGUUCGAAUAAAAGCAGUCUUCCCUCAAUUUGAGAAUGUAACUCAAUUUGAGAAUGUAAAUAAUCAGUUUGAGUUUAUUCUUCGGAGGCCAUAUCAAUCACCUUGGCGAGAGGGAGUAAACCAUUUGAAUUCAACUGUUCCUGUAACUCAUGGUCAUGACCCAACGACCGGAAACCAGUGGCUCAGAGCAGACAACGAGGGAGCUGCUGUUGACGGACCCAUUUUCUCAUUUGAAGCAAGUACUUCAGGAACUGCGGGUGAAGUAGAGCAGGUCAUUGAAUAA